AUGGCCGCCGCUACCAGCGCUGCUUCAGCUCAGCAGCCCACCGUUUUCCCCCACAGUCAUGUCGGUUUCGACAGCAUUACUUCCCAGAUUGAGCGGAAGCUGUUGAAGCGUGGCUUUCAGUUCAAUGUCAUGUGUGUCGGUCAAACCGGCCUGGGAAAGUCCACCUUGGUCAACACCAUCUUCGCUUCUCACCUGAUCGACUCUAAGGGUCGUCUCACCCCCAACGAGCCCGUUCGCUCCACCACCGAAAUCCAGACCGUCUCGCACAUUAUCGAGGAGAAUGGCGUGCGUCUUCGUCUAAACAUUGUCGACACCCCUGGCUACGGUGACCAGGUCAACAACGAUCGCUGCUGGGACCCCAUCGUCAAGUAUAUCAAGGAUCAGCACUCGGCAUACCUUCGCAAGGAACUCACAGCUCAGCGUGAGCGUUAUAUCCAAGAUACUCGCAUUCACUGCUGCUUGUUCUUCAUCCAGCCCUCCGGCCAUGCCCUUAAGCCCAUCGAUAUCGUUGUUCUCAAGAAGCUCUCGGAUGUUGUCAAUGUCGUUCCAGUUAUCGCCAAGUCCGACUCCUUGACUCUUGAGGAGCGCCAGGCUUUCAAGGAGCGCAUCAAGGAGGAGUUCUCGUUCCACAACCUGAAGAUGUACCCCUACGAUAACGAUGAGCUCGAUGAUGAGGAACGUGCUAUCAAUGCUCAGAUCAAGGACAUCAUUCCUUUCUCAGUUGUUGGUAGUGAAAAGACUAUUGUGGUCAACGGCAAGCAAGUCCGUGGCCGUCAAAACCGCUGGGGUGUCAUCAACGUCGAGGAUGAGAACCACUGCGAGUUCGUCUACCUGCGCAACUUCUUGACCCGCACCCACCUCCAGGAUCUGGUCGAGACCACCAGCCAGAUUCACUACGAGACCUUCCGCGCUAAGCAACUGCUGGCUCUCAAGGAGAGCAGUGCCGCUGGCGGCGGCGGCCACAGCGGUGGCAGCCGACCCAUCAGCCCCUCCGCAGAUCGCGAGCUCAGCCGCAACUCCCAACGUGCGGCCAUGAACGGAUACUAA